AUGAAGGUAUCAGGACUGGAACAUCGACACUUGAAGGAAGUCGGUGAUGACGAUGAGGUGAAGCUAUGCAUUCUGCCACCGAUCCCCGCCCUGGAGGCCUGUUUGUUAUGGCGUCGCGCAUCCACCCCCGGCCGUUCGAAGAUCUAUUCAUCCCCCACAAUAAAUCUGAACUUUAUACCUCACCAUCGAGUAACGCGCGGCAUGACUACCAUGAAACGCAAGGCGCCUGAAAUCUCCGAGGCGGCGAAUGCCACACCUACGGGGAGACCCGUCAAAAAGCUGCGUCUGACGCGAAGCCAAAAGCAAGCGCUCAUUGAUAACCUCCAGCUUGAGAUCACUGAGCGUGCUCGGAAGCUGCGUGCCCAAUAUGCUCUCCAAGCCCACGAUCUUCGUGCUCGCAUCGAGCGACGCGUUAACCGGAUUCCCGUCUCUCUUCGGAAAGCCAACAUGGGCGAGCUCUUCGAAAAAUACUCUGCUACAGCCCAGACGACAUCGCCGAUGCGCAGGAUCUCGCCGACCAAAUCAUCGCGUGGGCUGAUUUCAAUUGAUCAAGCACUUUCACCGACUAGCACACGCGACGGCCGUACGCGGCGCACGAGUACCGAGGGCUACUCCGACAAGGAAAAUGCGCCAGCUGCUGGUACGCCCGAGGGACUGAAGAACCCCAAGCGUCGAGGCAACGCACCCUCUGCGAGCGGCACUUCACGCAUCGUCUCGCAAGAAGUGCGGAGCAAUAACCAUCGGAUUCUUUCCCCCAAAUCCUCCAACUCUCGAACAUAUCCUCAAUCACCUUUCCGCGCUCCCCCAGAGAAGGGACAACCUUCAUAUCUAUCCCGUCCAAUGUCCCCUCUUAAGCCGUCGAGCCCUCUGCGCGCGCCUGCACCUGGCUCCCGGCCUCGCGGCGCCACCACUUCCAACGUGCGCGAUGCCCCAUCGUCAACCCUGCUGAAAAAGACGACAGCCCGAUCCGCAACUGGGCCCCGGGCUGUCAACUCCCCCGUUCCUCGACCCGCCACUCGUCAAGGUGAACGCAAAAACAGCUUCUCAUCCACCACCACAUCCUCAGGAACAACCGUCGCCAAGCCAACCAGGACAGGACUGGGAGGCCGAAAAGCCACGACUGGCACCGCUGCUUCCACCAAGAAACCGCCCGUGCCGCGUGCGCAGGCGGCUUCCCUAGCCGUCAAAAAAGCACCCACUGCGACAGGGACGUCUGCAGUGCGCAAGACAACCGCUCCUGCGUCCACAUUGGACAGCUCUAGUCGAGCGACGAGAGCGCUACGAAAACGCGUAUAA